GCCAUAUUAGUGGUUUGGGGUGGGGAAGAGAAGCCCAAAUACUGAUAAUGAAAUCAGGCCUAAAAAUCAGAAACUGAUCCAUCAUCGUCUUCUAUUCUGUUGUAGAAAAAAAAAAUACAAAGAAAAAGACGAAAGUAUCAAGAAAUUCCAAGUGCAGAGAGUAAAUGGAAGAGUACCCAGAAGAAUUGAGGAGUCCACCAGUGGCGCUGGUAGCAUUGGUAGGAUGCCCAGAGCAGCAUGGGGCGAUAACCACCCACCUCCUCUCCCAGCAGCAUCCUAUCAACACCUUGGCCUUGCCCAACUUCUCCAAGCUCUCCCAUCUCCUCCAUCGCCCGCCCUCCCCUUCUUCUUCCCCCGCCGGAUUUUUGAAAAGGGAUUGGCUGGUCAAGCACCGCACUAAGAUCCCCGCCGUGGUGGCCGCCCUCUUCUCCUGGGAUCAUGUCUCCGGUGACCCUGCCCAGUGGGUCCAAGUCUGCUCCGAUCUGGAUGACCUAAAAGCCGCUAUUCGUCCCAGGAACACCAAAUUGUUGCUGCUCGUUGUGGUGGGCCAAUCCGAUGACAUUAGUGAAGAUCGCCUGCUUGCCUUACGGAAGCGAGCAGAGGUCGAUUCCAAGUACCUUCUCCUCUUCAACCCCGAUCCUUCUCAACUCAAUAACUCUCUUCAAAGGUUGAGCGCCAGUUUUGCCGAACUAGAAACUACUUUUUACAGAGAAGAAGGUCGAAGGAUUAAAGCUCGCAUUGAAAAGAAGAAUUUCUCCUCUCCCGAUCUCCAAGUUCGCUACUGUUUUAAAGUUGCUGUGUAUGCAGAGUUCCGACGAGACUGGGCUGAAGCCUUGAGGUUUUAUGAGGAUGCCUAUCAUGCCCUGCGCGAGAUGGUUGCUACCUCAACAAGAUUGCCUCCAAUACAACGCUUAUUUGAGAUCAAAAUUGUUGCUGAGCACUUGCAUUUCAAGAUUUGCACUUUGUUGUUGCAUGGUGGAAAGCUCAGAGAAGCAAUUACAUGGUUCCGCCAACACGUUGUCUCCUACAAGAGCCUUGUUGGAGAUCCAAAUGUCAUUUUUCUUCACUGGGAAUGGCUCAGCAGGCAGUUUUUGGUUUUCGCUGAGUUGCUUGACUCAAGCUCUGCCACUCUUCCAAGCACUUCCUCUCUACCAGUAGGCACUGCCGACCAACCUCUGACUGAAUGGGAAUUCCAUCCAGCUUAUUACUAUCAGUCAGCAGCUAAAUACUUGAAGGAGAAGAGAUCAGCUCUGGAGUUGACAGUGUCAAAUUCAGAAACUUUUAGCGAGAAUGAUGAUGGGAGUGCUGAAUCUGUGGUACCAUCAGUUUAUAUUGGUCAGUUUGCUCGGCUAAUUGAGCAAGGGGAUGAUUCGGCUAUGCAGUCCAUUACUGAUGAUGAAUACACUCGCUAUGCAAUUGCCGAGGGAAAAAGGUUUCAAGACUCCUUUGAAAUUAUUGCUUUGCUCAAAAAGUCUAAUGAAAUAUAUAGUAAUCUUAAAGUUCAGAGGAUGGGUUCUCUUUGUGCCUUUCAGAUUGCUAGAGAAUAUUUUUCUUUGGGUGAUUUCAACAAUGCAAAACAGCAGUUUGAUGGUGUUGCAAAUCUAUAUAGGCAAGAAGGAUGGGUUACUUUGUUGUGGGAGGUUUUGGGUUACUUGAGAGAGUGCUCAAGGAAACAAGGUGCUGUAAAAGAGUUUGUAGAGUUUUCUCUUGAAAUGGCUGCAUUGCCAGUAUCUAUUGUCGAUAGCAUCCAGUCGUCCAAAUGUGGUCCAGGAGGACCUGCAAGUCUUGAACAGAGAGAAAUGAUACACAGAGAAAUUUUUGCACUCAUAAGUGGAGAAGCUAGGCCAAUAUCCAUUAAUGGAGUUGAUGAUCUCAAAGUAACCAGAGAUAAUACCCUUCAUCUUGAGAUUGAUCUUGUUAGUCCACUCAGAUCAGUUCUUCUUGCUUCAGUGGCUUUUCAUGAACAGAUAAUCAAGUCCGGUGUCUCCUCCUUGAUUACAUUAUCACUUCUAUCACAGUUACCUCUUUCCAUUGAGAUUGAUCAGUUGGAAGUCCAAUUUAAUCAAUCUCAAUGCAAUUUUAUCAUCAUGAACGCCCAAAAGCAUCCAUUAGAAGCAGUGCAGAGUGAGCAACAUUAUCACCGAAUGGAGAGUGCCCCUUCUUUAGCACUCACUACAAACAAAUGGCUGCGGCUGACUUAUGACAUCAAAUCUGAACAAAGUGGAAAGCUUGAAUGCAUAUCCAUUAUUGCAAAAAUGGGACCCCACUUCACAAUCUGCUGCAGAGCUGAAAGUCCUGCUUCGAUGGAUGAUUUACCUCUUUGGAAAUUUGAAGACCGUGUGGAAACUUUCCCUACCAAGGAUCCUGCUCUAUCAUUCUCUGGUCAGAAGGCUGCCCAGGUUGAAGAACCUGACCCACAAGUGGAUGUCACACUUGGUGCUUCUGGCCCUGCAUUAGUUGGAGAGAGAUUUCUGCUACCAGUUACCAUAGCCUCCAGGGACCAUGCCAUAUACGCUGGUGAAAUGAAGAUAAAUCUCGUGGAUGUGAGAGGAGGUGGCCUGUUUAGUCCUAGGGAAUCUGAGCCUUUUUCAUUGGACACUCAUCAUGUUGAGCUUCUUGGCAUUGUUGGACCAGAAGGAGAAGAUGAAUCUCAACGGGCCUCUGAUAAAAUCAUGAAAAUUCAACAAUCUUUUGGGUUGGUUUCUGUUCCAUUUCUAAACAUUGGAGAAUCAUGGUCCUGCAAACUAGAAAUCAUGUGGCACCGACCCAAACCAAUUAUGCUCUUUGUAUCGUUGGGCUACUCCCCUAAUUCCAAUGAGUCGAAUGCACAAAAAGUCAAUAUUCACAAGACCUUGCAAAUUGAAGGAAAGAAUGCUGUUUUAAUUAGCCAACAUUUUAUGCUUCCCUUCCGCAGGGUUUCCUUGCUGCUUUCAAAGAUCAAGCCGGUUCCUGAUUCCAAUCAGUUUUCAUCGCUACCCAUGCAUGAAUCAACUGUACUUGUUGUUAGUGCCAAGAACUGCAGUGAGGUGACAUUGCAGCUGCUAUCCAUGGCUAUUGAAGUUGAUGAUGGUGGCACUGAAAAGUCAUGUUCCAUCCAACAAGGAGAUGAAGAUCUUGGCACUGCAGUUCUUGUGCCAGGAGAAGAUUUCAAGAAAGUUUUCACUGUUAUUCCUCGGUUGGAUUCAUCAAAGCUUAGAUUGGGGAUGGUGAAUUUAAAAUGGAAGAGGCAUUGUGGAAUUGAAGAUAGAUCUGGUUUGACUGUGACUGGUUCUGAGGUUGUAACUAAACACGAACUUCCUGAUGUACAUGUAGAGCUGUCACCGAUUGUUGUGACUUUGGAAUGUCCUCCUUAUGCCAUCCUAGGAGAACCCUUCAUGCACCAUGUUAAAAUCCGUAACAAAACAGAGUUACUUCAAGAGGUUAAGUUUUCAUUGGCAGAUUCACAGAGUUUUGUGUUAUCUGGGUCUCACAGUGACACGGUGUUUGUUCUUCCAAAAUCCGAGCAUGUGCUUAAUUACAAAGUGGUGCCUCUUUUCUCGGGUUUGCAACAGUUGCCUAGAAUUUCUUUGACCUCUGUGAGAUACUCGGCUCGAUUUCUGCCCUCCAUUGCUGCAUCUAAUGUUUUUGUUUUCCCUUCCAAGCCUCAUUGCAAGAUGACUGGUAUAACAGACAAAAGGCUGGAGGAGUCUACCGUAGCGGACUAAAUACUUUUCCCAGUACAUGGUGAUUAUUCCGAUAUUAUUACCGUAUAUUCAUAAAUAUACGGGUAAUCUUGCCUUUUGAGGCCAAAGCUUUGUGGUUGAACAUAAGCGAGCAACUCGGAGGUAUGAAUUAGUUUGUUUUCGUUUUUGGUGCAACAGAAUAAAAGAAACUAGGUUAAGGGAUGUCAAUGUUGUGAGAUGGUGGUGAUUGUUUUUGUUUUUUGGCAAAGAGAAAACUGAUGUGCUCAUGUGUCAUGCUCAGGGACAUUAAAGAGGGGGAAAAUAUUAUAUUGUUGAUCUUACAUGGUAUUUUGGUGGUGGAAGUAAGCUUUGAAGUUAAAAAUUGUAAUAGCAGUUGACUCAAAAGUCAUUUUACACCUACACUGGCCAAGGAAAAUAUUGUUAGAACCCUUAAAAUAAGUUGUUUAAUUUUGUUUUGUUUUAUAUAUUGUGCUCUUUAUUUAUUUAAUUUUGUUUUAAACGAUACUACGGAUUUAGGUUUAACUCUUAUUAUGUAAAUUAUACCUGGGUUUUCAAUUCA